AUGUGGAUCUGGUAUCUGCUGCUUGGUUCGGGCUCAAAAAGCGUGGAGGCCCAGCUUCUCCCAGGAAACAACUUCACCACCGAGUGUAACAUCCCUGGGAACUUUAUGUGUGGUGAUGGCAAGUGUGUCCCCGGGGGCUGGCAAUGCGACGGACUUCCCGACUGCUUCGACAAGAGUGACGAGAAAGGCUGUCCCAAGGUCAAGUCCAAAUGCGCCCCCACUUUCUUCGCCUGCUCCACGGGCGGACACUGCAUCAUCGGACGUUUCCGCUGUAACGGCUUCACGGACUGUCCGGACGGCAGCGACGAGGAGAACUGCACAGCCAACCCGCUGGUGUGCACAGAAUCCCGCUUCAAAUGCCGUAACGGUCGCUGUGUGGACCGCAGCUUCUUAUGUAACGGCCAGGACAACUGCCAGGACAACAGCGACGAGGAGCUGUGCCUCCCCACUGCAGGUAGGACGCCAUCUCCUCAUUGA